GAAGGGAAAAAAAAAAUGCAAAGCGAGAGGGAGUAUCUAGAAAAGCUAAUAUGUUCCCAUGUUGAUGGUCGGCACAAGGCAUCAGGAUUUCGAUUCGACUGUCCCCCUUCUUUUUUUUUCCUCAAAACAUCGAUCUCUUCUUUCCCAACCAGCAAAGCAAAUCAAUCCCCUCUUCGCAUCAACGCCAUGGAUGAAUCUGACGAGCAGAGCAACGGCGGCGGCGGCGGCGGGCACCGCGGGUACGAGUGGAAGCUGCCGGCGGCGCUGUCGGCGAACACGACGAGCGUGCACGUGACGGCGCUGGACGGGGUGGUGAACGUGAACUCGCUGUUCACGGUGGCCGUGUUCGUGGGCCUCUCCCUGGCGGACCCGGGGGAGCUCCGGAGCCUCGCCGGCGACGCGUCGUGCGACGCCGGGCAGGGGGUGGCGCGGUCCCUCCUGGUGCUGGAGGUGGUGGCCUUCUCCUCCUUCCUCUUCUCCAGCCUCGUGGCGCAGGGGCUCAAGCUGGCGCUCAACCUCAUCAACUCCAAGGACCCGCACGACACGCUGCACGCCCACAUCGACGCGCGCCUCCUCCGCCUCGGGAUGCUCGCCUCCGCCGUCGGCUCCGUCGUCGGCUGCGUCUUCCUCAUGGUGUCCAUGGUCAUGGUCGUGCAGAUCCGCCUCGGCACGCUCGGCUGCGCCACCAACCGCGCCGCCGCCAAGGCCGCCGCAGGGCUCGUCGGCCUCGUCACCACCGCGCUCGCCGUCUACGUCGGCACCGUCUUCUACACCUUCACCCACUGAACAAGCAAGCAACUGGCAUGGAUGUUUCUUGAGUUCUAUGGCAUUGUCUGUAGUAGAAUCUUGCAUCUGCUGUUUAUGUAUGUAUUGUGGACUUCAAAAUGUUGCGAGAUGAGGAAGUGGAAGAUGUUGGUGAUCCGACUUUUAUGAAUCAACCUGCAAUAUGUUUGCGAUUCUCAUCCCAGGUCGUUUUGAAUUUCUUAAGUUGGCACUAGAUUAAUAGUGGUGUAGACUGAAUUUUGAUUUUGGAUUGAAUUUUAAUUUAGACUGAA